UAUCAUUAAGGUCACGAUACAGUAAGCAUCCCUCAAUUGCAGUACACAAACCGGGUAAGAUAGAGCUACAAGAUGUACUGGCUUCUUCUUGCCGUUGUACUGCUAGGUUUAGUGUAUUGGAACGGAGUAAAAAGAUAUUUUCUCAUCGCUAAUGAGCCUCUGAAUGGCCCUAAACCGUUGCCGUACAUCGGCAACUUACUAGAUGUCAACAAACAUGGCGGUAUGCAUAAAAUGAUCAUGCAUUACUUUCGGACGUAUGGUCGCGUCCAUAAGAUGUUUAUUGGCAGGUCGCCGAUUAUUGUAGUCAAUGAUCCUGAGAUUGCCAAGCAAAUCAUGGUCAAGGAGUUUUACAAGUUUCCCGAUAGGCCUACAUUCUUUAAUUUCGGCCCACCGUUCAGCGAUGCUUUGCCGUUUCUGGCUGGCGAGAGGUGGAAGCGAGUACGCUCCGUUUUAACUCCAACUUUCACAUCCGGGAAACUCAAGCAGCUCGUGCCGAUUUUCAACACUGCUACCGACAUAUUGGUCAGCAAAAUGGAGGGAUUCGCAGCUACAGGUGAAAGCGUGGACUGCAUCCGGAUGUUCAGUCUGUUCGCAUUAGAGGUCAUUAUGAGUGCUGCGUUCGGAUACGAAACCAACGUCCAGACGGCACCAGACGAGGAAUUUGUCGCAAAAGCCAGGAACGUGGCGGCGGUUCCCCUGUGGCGGAGAUUCUUCACUAUGGUUCCUUUCUCAGAUUUCUUUGGCAGAUUCAUGUCGCCUCUAAACAACGGCUACUACUUUCUCAAGAUCGCCGAUGGGAUGGUGCGGAACCGUAUUGCCGAAGGAGCGCGGCGCGGCCGACAAGACUUUGUCCAACUCAUGCUUGACGCUCAGGAACAGACAAUAGAAGGCGUGGCAAAGUUGAACGACGACGAGUUAGCCGCGCAAUCCGUAGCCUUCCUCAUAGCGGGCUUCGAGACUACCGGCUCCACCCUCUCUAACACCGCCUACUUCUUGGCGACCCACACUGACGUUCAGGGGAAACUUAUACAAGAGCUUGACGAAGCGCGCAAGAACCGGGGGGACAAGACCUUAUACGAUCUAGCGCAGCAUACCGAGUACCUAGAUCGGGUUCUGAGCGAAGUUCUGCGUCUGUGCGCACCGGCGUUCAUCCUCCUUCGCAAAUGCGAAGAGGAGUGCACUAUCAAUGGGGUUCACUUCCCUAAGGGCGUCGACGUGAAUAUCCCGACAUACACCCUCCACCGUGACCCUGAAGCAUGGGAGAAACCCGAGGAGUUUGACCCCGAGCACUUCUCGCCCGAAGCCAAAGAGAAGCGCCACCCGUACUCGUACAUGCCGUUCGGGAUGGGCCCUCGGCAGUGCAUCGGAAUGAGGUUCGCAAUGCUGGAGAUUAAGAUAUGCCUGAUGGCGGUCCUGGAGAAGUUUGCGUUUGAGAGAGCUUCGGACACGCGAGACUGGGAAGGCGAGGCCGUGGCUCUGUUACGCCCCAAGCAGAUUCUGCUCAAGAUACGCAAAGGAUAGACCAGGAAGGGUCAGGGGAGGAUCUAGCGGAGGGGACAUAAUACUGAAGGGAUCUUAAAGGGGAGGUGCCACUAUAUAAGACAUGGGAGGUGUGUGGAUUUUCUAUUGCUUUGAAAAGAUUCAAACGGGCUUCUAUCUGAAAGCUAAAACUACACCUAAGUGCUUUUGUUUCAUUUAUGUUUUUUUGAGGGAGGGGAGGGGGAAAUAAUAAGACUAUCCUCUUGUUCCUUUCUCUCGCGUUUUUUUUAUUUUGCCUUUUUGUAUUUGCGAUAUUCUAUUUUUUUUUACGAUAAUCUCCCUAACAAUCAUAAUCUGGUUAAGUAAUAAAGAUAUAUGUUAAGCCUUAGGGAGUUCUUUUGAACUUAACAUUCUUAAUUUAAAUUGUAUGUCUGUAAAAAUAAAAUUGUGAACGCAGCCCCCAAA